AUGGAUUUCAAGGCUAUUAUGAGCAAUGGUGAUAAUUGUGAGUUUUUUUAGGGGGGACAAGGGGUGACUGCUUGAGAGCAAGAUGAGGUUUCAAGGCGCGGAUGCUUGAGGCUAGAGUGGGUCUUAAGGAGCGGCUGCUUGACAACAAAACUGAGUGUCAAGGAGCGGUUGCUUGACAUGAAUACUAGAUGUCAAGGAGUCACUGCUUGGCUGAUUAAGCUUGCCUAGGCACGAUUGCUUGAGAAAUUCACUAGAUGUCAAGGAGAGACUGCUUGACAGCAAAACUAGAUGUUAAGGAGCGGAUGCUUGACAGGGAAUGAUAGGUUUCUAGGAACGGCUGCUUGACAGCAAAUCUGAUUUUCAAGGAGCUGCUGCUUAACAAGAAAUUUACGUGUCAAGGCGCCACUGCUUGACAGAUCUUAAGCUUGUAUAGGCGCCACUCCUUGGAAGCUCAAGUUGUGUUCUCAAGGCGCCACUGCUUGACAGCUCUUAAGCUUGUAUAGGGCUCACCCCUUGCCAGCUAGAUAUCUUGUCAAGGAGCGGUUGCUUGACAGUUCUACUUCGCCUCAAGGCGCCGCUCCUUGUCAUGUUCUGUAACAUCAAAAAAGCAGCUGAAAUUCUUGUUAUUCCCCAAAAAAACACAUUAAUUAGCUCAAAAAUUCGUCGAACUACUAACAGUUGCAAAAUUGCUCGAAACCAUCGAAAUUUUCCUUGUCGAGUUAUCGAAAAUCGAUAAAAUAAAUUUUCGAUAGGGUGCGAUGAAGAUGAAGCUUGAAAUCGGGUUCAGAAUUGGGACCAUUAUAAAUAGACAGUACAUUGUGUACUGUGGAAUGACAUUUGUGACAAUUUCAAAUUGUUGAACCAGAUAACAUGAGCCACCAAUUGCGUAGAGCACUGGGAUACAGGCUUGGAAGGUUAGGGCCUGGAAAUUUGGGCUUUAGGGGGCUUCGGGGGGCUUAAUAUCAGCAAUUUCUCAAUAUUCUUCUUUUUAAGCUUCCAAAAAUCUUAACAUGAGCAAUAUAUAAUAUGAGCAACGCCUCAAAAUUCAUAUUUUUGGAGUUGCAAAAAAGUUUAACAUGAGCAAUGGUCCAAUUUUUGCAAAAUUGAGAAAUUUAGCUAAUAUGAGCAAUACGUGGCACAUUUUUUAGAUUUUUGAAUGAGCUUUGAAAAUUUUUUUCUAACAUGAGCAAUACCUAUAAAUUUGGUUUUUGUGAGAUUUUUUAACAUGAGCAAUGGUUUGAUUUUUGUAGUUUGAAAAAUCUUAACAUGAGCAAUGAUCAAAAAUUUCCAAAAUUGGUACUAACAUGAGCAAUGGCUACAAAAUUAGAAUUUUGCUAAUAUGAGCAAUGCCUCGAAAUUGCUAUUUUUAGGGAUAAACCUAUCCUCAAGACAUCGUCUCUUGACAGCGAAAACCUAUCCUCAAGGCGCGACUGCUUGAAAGCCUAAAAAUGUCGUAUAGGCUCCACUGCUUGACAGCAAGCCAUGUCCUCAAGGCUCGGCUGCUUGACAGCAAAAUCUAUCCUCAAGGCGCGACUGCUUGACAGCAAAAUUGAAGACUCGGCUGCUUGACAGCUGAUACAACCCUCUAGAGGCCGCUGCUUGUGCUAAUAUGAGCAAUGCUCCAAAAACUCACCCUCAACAACUGUAUCUGCAAUUUGGUGCUCUUGCUGCUCUUCGAGCUCCUAAUUCCACCAGCAACCGCUCCCAAUUGCUCAAUUAUCUUCUUGCGCAUAAAAAUAAUGGCCACAGCCAUGGGGCCACUCAGACCCACCACGUGGAUUAUCACAUACAUCACGGUGAAGUCGAAGAUCGACGGAUUGAUGUGGAGGCUGGUGUGGGCCCGGUCCAGGCCGUCUAGGAUUUCCGGAUGAUAUUGGGCCAGGGCUUCUCGGGCUCCUAGGCUUCCCGCGUGUCCCAUGAAGAUGUUGAUGAGUUGGACGACGCUUGGGAUUUAGAUCAUGAAGAUCAGCGCCUGGAUCUUGAGGCGAGAAACUUCGGAGCGCAGAAGAACGUAGUAGCGAUAGCUGAAGGAGAUCAGUAGAAGCCAGAUACUGUGGGUGUACAUGUGAAGCUUGAGAAUGUAGAAGGUCCAGCAGAUCUGGCCCGCUAAUGGGCCGGCCCCCAUCAGGCUACACGGGCCCAGAGAGAUAUAGACAAUUGCCAGGCCGCAGGAGAUUAGUCUCUGCAUCACCAGGAAAUUUAGCAAGCAGAUGAGGAGAUCUGUCACGGCAAAGUUUAUGAUGAGCAAUCCGUAGCUCUGAAUUUGUUUGGGUGAUUUGGUGAGCACCGCGUACGUCAGCACGGCGUUUAGAAUGAUGCCGAAGGUGGAGAGAGAGGCGUGGAUGCAGCGGAAUGUGUUGUCCAUUUUGGGGGAUGCGGAAGACGCGCGGAAGGCCUGCGGAAGACGCGCGGAAAGUCAGAAAUAAUGUAUGUUUUUGCAAAACCCCAGGGUUUUAUAGGGAGAAUACAAAAUUUUCAGAUGAAAAUACAAAAUUUUUGUGGUUUUGUUUAUCGCACGGUGAUUCAGAGCCCCCGCGGUUUUUUGGUCUUUGGAUUUGGCAAGGCGAAGUUGCUUGACAGCUAAACCUAUCCUCAAGGCGUCGUCCCUUGACAGCUAAAUAUGUGCUUAAGGGUUGACUCCUUGACAGCCUAAAAAUGCUGUAUAGGCUCGGCUGCUUGACAGCAAAUAUUGUUCUAAAGGGGUGACUCCUUGACAGCCUAAAAAAAAUGUAUAGACUUCACUGCUUGACAGUGUUUCUUCACCUCAAGGAACCGCUCCUUGACAGCCUAAAAAUGCCGUAUAGGUUUCACUGCUUGAGAGUGCUUCUUCACCUCAAGGAACCUCUCCUUGACAACCCAAAAAUGCUGUAUAGGCUUCUCUGCUUGACAGCAAAACCAAUCCUCAAGGCGUCGUCCCUUGGCAGCUACAUAGUGUCUAGGGAUGGCUGCUUGACAGCCUGAGAAUGCCGUAUAGGCUCCACUGCUUGACAGUGUUUUUUCACCUCAAGGAACCGCUCCUUGACAACCCAAAAAUGCUGUAUAGGCUUCACUGCUUGACAGAAUUUCUUCACCUCAAGGAGCCGCUGCUCGACGACCCAAAAAUGCCGUAUAGGCUUCACUGCUUGACAGUGUUUUUUCACCUCAAGGAACCGCUCCUUGACAACCCAAAAAUGCUGUAUAGGCUUCACUGCUUGACAGAAUUUCUUCACCUCAAGGAGCCGCUGCUCGACGACCCAAAAAUGCCGUAUAGGCUUCACUGCUUGACAGCAUUUCUUCACCACAAGGAACCGCUCCUUGACAACCCAAAAAUGCUGUAUAGGCUUCACUGCUUGACAGCUAAAUCUAUCCUCAAGGCGCCGUCCCUUGAAACCCUAUCUACAACUUCUAGGGGUGGCUCCUUAGUCUUUCGCCCCUUGUUUGUCUCCACUUCCCCUUCUCUGCGUCUCUCAAAGAGCCGUGCUCUCUAAUCUUCUAGCAACCUCUAAUUAAAAUUGAAAACCCCAUGAUUAUUUUCUGAAAAUUGAAAUAAUGAGAGAAUUUCAGUUUUCACGAGCUGAAAAUCGUCUGAAAAUGAGCAUUUCAGGCAAAAACCCGACAAUCUUCUCAAUUUUCCUCUCUGGAGCUCUGGAAAAAAUGGACUCCUGGUGUAUUUUUCUCUACUUUUUUAUAAUCACCCUGGGCACGGUGUGUAAUAUUCUGAGUUUGUGGAUUGUGGCGAAAAGUCGCGUUUUUCACGCCAAUUUGCAAUUUCCGAUUUGGUGGACCGCUUUUGCGUGGUUCGAGAUUGCGACGAGCAAAAUUUUGAUUAUUUUGUAUCAGGUGAUGUAUUUGGAGGCGGAUAAUGGUGUUAAGGGUGAGUUAAGGCCUUAGGAAGCCUUGGGAAGCUUAGGAAAGCCUUGGGAAGCCUUGGGAAGCCUUGGGAAGCCUUGGGAAGCCUUGAGAAGCCUUGGGAAGCCUUGGGAGCCCUUGGGAAGCUUUGGGAAGCCUUGGGAAGCCUUGGGAAGCCUUGGGAAGCCUUGGGAAGCCUUGGGAAGCCUUGGGAAGCCUUGGGAAGCCUUGGGAGCCCUUGGGAGCCCUUGGGAGCCCUUGGGAGCCCUUGGGAAGCCUUGGGAGCCCCUUGGGAGCCCUUCGGAAGCCUUCGGAAGCCUUGGGAGCCCUUGGGAAGCCUUGGGAGCCCUUGGGAGCCCUUAGGAAGCCUUGGGAAGCCUUGGGGAGCCUUGGGAAGCCUUGGGAAGCCUUGGGAAGCCUUGGGAUGCCUUGGGAAGCCUUGGGAAGCUUAGGAAAGCCUUGGGAAGCCUUGGGAAGCCUUGGGAAGCCUUGGGAAGCCUUGGGAACCCUUGGGAAGCCUUGGGAGCCCUUGGGAGCCCUUGGGAGCCCUUGGGAGCCCUUGGGAGCCCUUGGGAAGCCUUGGGAGCCCCUUGGGAGCCCUUCGGAAGCCUUCGGAAGCCUUGGGAGCCCUUGGGAAGCCUUGGGAGCCCUUGGGAGCCCUUAGGAAGCCUUGGGAAGCCUUGGGAAGCCUUGGGAAGCCUUGGGAAGCCUUGGGAAGCCUUGGGAAGCCUUGGGAAGCCUUGGGAAGCCUUGGGAAGCCUUGGGAAGCCUUGGGAAGCCUUGGGAGCCCUUGGGAGCCCUUGGGAGCCCUUGGGAGCCCUUGGGAGCCCUUGGGAGCCCUUGGGAAGCCUUGGGAGCCCCUUGGGAGCCCUUCGGAAGCCUUGGGAAGCCUUGGGAGCCCUUGGGAAGCCUUGGGAGCCCUUGGGAGCCCUUAGGAAGCCUUGGGAAGCCUUGGGGAGCCUUGGGAGCCCUUGGGAAGCCUUAGAAACCUUAAGGUUGAGCCUAAGGUAAGGAUCUAAUUAGUUACUUAAUUAAUUAGUGAUCUAAUUAACUCCCUAAUUAACUAAUUUUCAGAUUUCCCACCUGAAAACUCUUCUGGAAUUAUGCUUCUGGCUUGGAGUGCCUCAAUGCACUAUCAUUUCAUUUUCUCAGUUUUGGCCGCCCCAUUUAUUGUGAUCAUUGAACGUGGCUUUGCCACGUGGUUUAUCUAGUGAGUACUGUAGAGUACGGUAGAUUUUGGCGCGCGAAAAUUUGGAGCAUUUUGAUAUCAAACAUGGCUAUGUAAAUGCGGAGUGUCGUUUGAAGAGAAAACUACGAUGAUCCGCAGGUACACCUAAUGAUUUUUUGAAAAACUACGAUGCUCCACAGUUACACUGAUGAUAUUUUAUUGAUUUUUUGAAAAACUACGAUGCUCCGCAGUUACACUGAUGAUUUUUAGUUGAUUUUUUGAAGGUGUAAACGCGGAGCAUCGUUGAAAACCUCAAAUUCGCUAGAUUUUCAAGGUGUAAACGCGGAGCAUCGUUUGAAACCUCAAAAUCGCUCAUUUUUCGAGGUGUAAACGCGGAGCAUCGUUUGAAACCUCAAAUUCGCUAGUUUUCCAAGGUGUAAACGCGGAGCAUCGUUUAAAACCUCAAAUUCGCUAGAUUUUCAAGGUGUAAACGCGGAGCAUCGUUUAAAACCUCAAAUUCGCUAGUUUUCCAAGGUGUAAACGCGGAGCAUCGUUUAAAACCUCAAAUUCACUAGAUUUUCAAGGUGUAAACGCGGAGUGUCGUUUACAAGGCUUAUUUGGUAUCAAAAUGCGUCAAAUUUUCGCGCUAAAAAGCCACGUAUCCAAUUUUUUGCAGUGACUAUGAAAAAAAGCGUCGCGGCUGGAUUUUGGUUCUGAUUUUGCUGGUUCAAAAUUCGUUUUCCGGAGGUCUCACAAUUUUGACUCUUCUGAACAUCACAAGCUACAUUGAGGUGGCGAUUUUCGGAUUUUCAACUUCAGCCGCCUCGCUGACACUAUUUUUGUGGCUGCGAAAUUUGAACGUGAAAAAAUUGGCGCGUCUGAAAGUGGAGCUGAAAUUGGGACAGCUGAGUGCAAAAUAUCAACUGCGCGAGAAUUUGAAGACUUUUCGAAUGAUUGUCAAGAUUUUUGCGUUGGUGCUGAUUUUGAUGAUGAUUUUGAUAGUUCUCAAAACUUUGCCCGUGGUUUUUUUCGCGGUUGAUGAUCAGAGGAAAUUGUGGUUCAGAAAUAUUACCGAUAUGAUUGUUCAUGCGUGAGUUUUGGGGUUUUUGAGCCUGGGCUUAAAAAAUCCACGUUUUUUUGAGCCUAAUGAAGCCUAGGACCAGAAAAUCCACAUUUUUUGAGCCCGAAUAAGCCUAGGAACAGAAAAUCCUCGUUUUUUUGAGCCCGAACAUAAAAAUUUGCGAUUUUUUAAGCCCAAAUAAGCCUAGGCCCAGAAAAUUCAUGUUUUUUGAGCCUAAACAUGAAAAUUUGCGAUUUUUUGAGCCUAGAAAAGCCUGGGCUUGAAAAAUCCACGUUUUUUGAGCCUAAUGAAGCCUAGGACCAGAAAAUCCACAUUUUUUGAGCCUAGAUAAGCCUAGGCCCAAAAAAUCCACGUUUUUGAGCCAAAAAAAAGCCUAAACCCGGAAAAUCCACGUUUUUUGAGCCCAAACAUGAAAAUAUGGGAUUUUUUGAGCCUAGAUAAGCCUAGGACCAGAAAAUCCACGUUUUUUGAGCCUAAACAUGAAAAUUUGCGAUUUUUUGAGCCUAGAAAAAGCCUGGGCUUGAAAAAUCCACGUUUUUUGAGCCUAAUGAAGCCUAGGACCAGAAAAUCCACAUUUUUUGAGCCCGAAUAAGCCCAGAACCAGAAAAUCCACGUUUUUUUGAGCCCAAACAUGGAAAUUUGGGUUUUUUAAGCCCGGAUAAGUCUAGGACCAGAAAAUCCACGUUUUUUGAGCCCGAAUAGGCCUAGAACCAGAAAUUCCACGUUUUUCGAGCCCGAAUAAGCCUCUACAGUAACCCAAGCCCUAUUUGGGCUCAAAAUGCUCCAAGUUUUCACUCAAAAAAAUUCCAGAGGUCCAAUCUACGUCACAAUUUGCAUAAUUUUCGCCGUUGACGAUUAUCAUCACAUUUUUCGUCAAAUUUUCGGCUGGAAGACCGCGAAAAUCUCGCCGGUUCCGAUUUUCGGCGGGCCGAAAAUCGAAUCGGAUUUGUAUUUCGAGUUGUUGAAGAAGGCUAUGAAUAAAUGA